AUGGACUCAAAUGCAACUGAAAGAUUUGUACCAGAGUAUCGUCGUACUAAUUUCAAAAACAAGUCACGUUUCCAAAGCGAUGAAUUAAGAAGAAGAAGAGAAACUCAUCAAGUUGAUUUGAGAAAACAAAAGAGGGAAGAAGUACUUGCCAAGAGAAGAAAUUUCCAUCAUGAUGCUAAUGAUUCAGAAGAUGAAGAAGAUUUCAAUCUGAAUAUCAACAACCACGAUGAGAAUCAGUUCUACAACAAUUUAAAACAAGAUUUACCCAAAAUGAUUGAAAUGAUCCAAGCCCCUGAUUUCGAAUCCCAAUUGGCUGCAACAGUUAAAUUUCGUCAAAUAUUGUCAAGAGAGCAUAAUCCACCAAUUGAUUUGGUUAUUCAACUGGGGGUCAUUCCAACAUUGGUGGAGUUUAUGAAGGAUGAUCAUCCAGAUAUGUUACAAUUGGAAGCAGCUUGGGCAUUAACAAAUAUCGCUUCGGGUAACUCGCAUCAAACUAGAGUUGUUGUUGAAGCAAAUGCCGUUCCAUUAUUUGUUCAAUUGUUGUAUUCUCAAAGUCUUGAAGUUAAAGAGCAAGCAACUUGGGCCUUGGGUAAUGUUGCCGGUGACUCAGCUGAUAAUAGGGAUUACGUCUUAAGUUGUGGUGCUAUGGAGCCAGUAUUGAACUUGUUCAACUCCACCAAGAUGUCAUUGAUUAGAACAGCCACUUGGACAUUAUCAAACUUGUGUAGAGGUAAAGCACCACAACCAGAUUGGAACAUUGUCUCGCAAGCCAUUCCAACAUUGGCCAAGUUGAUUUACUCAGUUGAUUCUGAAACUUUGGUUGAUGCGUGUUGGGCAGUUUCAUAUUUGUCGGAUGGAACUUCGGAAGCCAUUCAAGCUGUUGUUGAUGCUAGGAUUCCUCAUCGUCUUGUUGAAUUAUUGGGUCAUGAAUCUACUUUGGUUCAAACGCCUUCAUUAAGGGCCAUUGGUAAUAUUGUCACUGGUACCGAUUAUCAAACCCAAAUUGUCAUCAAUGCUGGUGUUUUACCUGCAUUGGCACCAUUGUUAAAUUCACCUAAGGAAACAAUUCGAAAAGAAGCUUGUUGGACAAUUUCAAACAUUACUGCUGGUACAACUGAACAGAUUCAAGCUGUCAUAGACUCAAAUUUGAUACCACAAGUGAUUAGAUUAUUAAUUAAUGGUGAUUACAAGACCAAAAAGGAAGCUUGUUGGGCCAUUUCCAAUGCUUCUUCUGGUGGGUUACACAAACCAGAGAUAAUCCGUUACUUGGUAAGUCAAGGAUGUAUUAAGCCACUUUGUGAUUUGUUAUCAGUUGCCGAUGUUAAGAUCAUUGAAGUUACAUUGGAUUCGUUGGAAAAUAUCUUGAAAAUGGGAGAAAUGGACAAAGAAGCAAGGGGAACCGGUGUCAAUGAAAAUGCUUUGUUUAUUGAAGAAGCUGGUGGUAUGGAAAAGAUUUUUGAAUGCCAAAAUAAUGCCAAUGAAAAGAUUUACCAAAAGGCUUACAAUAUAAUUGAAAAAUAUUUCAGUGAUGAAGAGGAUGAAAAUAUAGAUGAUGAAAACUUGGUACCUGAAGCUUAUGGAAAUUCAUUUGGAUUUGGAAUUGAUAAUUCAAACCAACAACAAAAUUUCCAAUUUUAA